AUGCCCACCCACCUUACUGUGCCUAUCUACGUGGCGAAUUCUGAUGGAUCUCGUCGGCCGAAGCAUAUCACGCGCUACACUAUUCAGGACGAGGGGACCAACCUCUGCGCCUUGCGCGAUUUUGCUGCCGCAAGUCUAGAUGAUUGUGGCAUCGAGCUGCCCGAGAACCUGUUGUCACGACUUUUGGUGCUCGAUGAUCCCCUGUUCUCACCGCCUGCUAUACCGAUGCUGAAGGACCUGCCUCAUGAGCUACCAGACGACCAACGCCUCGGGUGGGAUGAGUGGACAUUCUCUUCAAUCCGGAUUCACGAGAAGGAGGGAAGCGUUGUGAUACUGUAUGAGAGCGGCAAGCGAAGGGCAGAACAGAUGGCCGACCUCAGCGAGUUUCAACAAGCGAAGAAGGCCAAGCUAAUCUCCAAAUCUCCAUCGGAAAUGUCGAAACCCUUGAACUAUGAGGCCAUACAGAAGUCGCCAUCGGAGAGGAUCCUCGACGACCGCCCAACUGCAGACGAGGGUCUUCCACCCGUACCGCUCCUUUACUCCGGGUUCGGCCAUUUCCUCGACAUCUACAAUGGGUGCAACGAUUUUUCGGAACUGUCUAUCCUCGACCUUCCUAGACUGCAGGUUGCUGUGGAGGGAUUUGCAGAGGCGAUGAGUGCCUUUUUUACGGAUGAGGAUGCUAGACCGGACGCAGGGCUACCCUUCCUGAACGAGAUCUUCUCCUCGCGCAAAUCACAGUUGCCUUCUUUUGCACACCUUCAUGCGCAGUCAUUCCGUAGUUUGAGGACUGAUGAACACAACAUCGCUGCCUACAAUGCUGCCGGAACGGUGGUAGUAUUCAAGAACAUGCUGACCGGAAACCGCUCCAUUCCCGAGGUGGAAGUUGCUUGCUACGUUGCUCAGCUCAACGCCAGAUCGAAAGAGGUUUCUACAUUGUUUGAUCGGUGGAGGAUGCCAUACCUUGGCAUAACUGUUGUUGAAAUAGGGCAUCAAGUGACUUUCUACGCCGUUAUUUCAGUCGGGCAUCAGUAUCGACUUGUCAGCCUUACUCCCACUCUGUCCUGUCUGGUCGCAAGUGCAAAUUCCGAUGACCGGAAACGCCUUCGUCGCGCUUUCGCCGCCGCCUUGGUGCUCGACAUGCUUAUCUUUGCCGACAUCUGCCGCUUGCUCAAGCAGCUUCCCCCGACCAUUCACCCUGAUAGGUGGCGCCUUCCUGCAGUCACCCAACUCCGCAAAUACCCCCUAUCGGAAUCAUCAGCGGAAAACCCAUCGGAUGUCCACCUCGACUUCCAGAUCGAGCACGAUCAACGCUCAAACCCGUCGCGACUGAUCUACAUCGCAGUAAGUGAGGGCCAAGAGAUUGUCAUCAAAUUUACUCGAAGCUACUGUCCUCGAUUACAUACCUUCUGUGCUGAACUGGGCCAUGCGCCGAACCUUCUCGCGUACGAACGUCUUCCGGGGGGCUGGUUUGGUGUCGCUAUGGCUUACAUUCCGUUUGCGCGCCAUCUCAGUGACUGCAAGGCAGACGCCGCCGAGCGUCUCCGUUGGGGCAAUCAGCUAAGCGAAGUGAUGAAUCGAUUUCACGAGGCAGGCCUGGUCCAUGGAGACCUGCGGGAUUCAAACAUCGUCGUUGAUGGAGAGGGUCGCGUCCUGCUGCUGGACUUCGAUUGGGGAGGUUUAGAUGGGGAGGCCACUUAUCCAACCUGGUCCUUGAAUCCGCAACUGCUGGAAGGAAGGACUCGUCACGAUUUCAUCAUUCGAAAAGAGGAUGAUAAGAGAAUUUUAGAGUAUACCUUAUCUCUCACUUCAGACGACCGAUAA